GGCGGCGCACUGGGAGCGUAACAUUUGCGUUUCUAGGAUCUUCAAGCUGCUGGUGGCUUAAGACUCUGGGGUUGUAGAGGCCCACACUAGACUAGUCGUCUGGAAGGAACUUAAACCUCAGAGAUGGCUCUGAGUAAAUCAAUGCAUGCAAGAAAUAGAUACAAGGACAAACCUCCUGACUUUGCAUAUCUGGCUUCCAAAUAUCCAGAUUUUCAGCAGCAUGUUCAGAUAAAUCUGAAUGGAAGAGUGAGUCUUAAUUUUAAAGACCCUGAAGCAGUCAGAGCUCUGACUUGUACUCUCCUAAGGGAGGAUUUUGGACUUUCUAUUGAUAUUCCACUGGAGAGACUAAUUCCCACAGUUCCCUUGAGACUCAACUAUAUUCAUUGGGUAGAAGAUCUGAUUGGUCAUCAGGACUCUGACAAAAGUACUCUCCGAAGAGGAAUUGACAUAGGUACUGGGGCAUCCUGCAUCUAUCCUUUACUUGGAACAACCUUAAAUGGCUGGUAUUUCCUUGCAACAGAAGUAGAUGACAUGUGCUUCAACUAUGCAAAGAAGAAUGUGGAACAGAAUAACUUAUCUGAUCUUAUAAAAGUGGUAAAAGUACCACAGAAGACCCUCCUGAUGGAUGCUCUUAAAGAAGAAUCUGAGAUAAUCUAUGACUUUUGCAUGUGCAACCCUCCCUUUUUUGCCAAUCAGUUGGAAGCCAAGGGAGUAAACUCUCGAAACCCUCGAAGACCCCCACCUAGCUCAGUAAAUACAGGAGGAAUCACAGAGAUCAUGGCAGAAGGGGGCGAAUUAGAGUUUGUUAAAAGGAUCAUCCAUGACAGUUUACAGCUUCAGAAAAGAUUAAGGUGGUAUAGCUGUAUGCUGGGAAAGAAAUGCAGCCUGGCUCCUCUGAAGGAAGAACUUCGAAUACAAGGGGUUCCUAAAGUCACCUACACUGAAUUCUGCCAAGGUCGGACAAUGAGGUGGGCUUUGGCUUGGAGUUUUUAUGAUGAUGUAACAGUACCAUCACCACCAAGUAAGCGAAGAAAAUUAGAGAAGCCAAGGAAACCCAUUACGUUUGUAGUAUUGGAAUCUGUGAUGAAAGAAUUAUCCCUCAAAGCAUCGUCUUUGGGCUCUGAGACAGUGGAAGGCAUAGUAGUUGUGACAACAUGGAUUGAAAAAAUUCUCACCGAUCUGAAGGUCCAGCAUAAACGAGUUCCCUGUGGAAAGGAGGAAAUUAGCCUUUUCCUAACAGCCAUAGAAAACUCCUGGAUUCACUUAAGGAGGAAGAAAAGGGACCGAGUGAGACAACUGAGAGAAGUUCCCCGAGCUCCCAAGAACGUCAUCCAAGCCUUGGAAGAGAAAAGGUCCCCCACUAAGGAGUCUGGCAGCAGCCAAGACUUGGCUCAUGGUCCCCAGGAGAGUGCUCUGUGCGGGCCUGCUCUACAGGAAGACGAGUCUGCCACUGUGGAGGGCCAUGGCCCAAACCAGGACUCGCUUUCCCAGGAGGAAAACCCAGAACCCAUGGAGGAUGAAAGGAGUGAGGAAAAGGGAGAGAUGGAGGUUUGGGAAAGUUGUAAAGGCUCUAGUAAUGGAGCCCAGGACCAAGAGGCUUCUGAGCAGUUCAGCAACCCAGUGUCUGAAAAAGGGAACCAUCUCCAAAGAGCGGCUGGAUGUUACCUAUUCAAGUGUUUGAUAAACGUUAAGAAGGAGGUAGAUGAUGCCUUAGUUGAAAUGCAUUGGGUUGAGGGCCAGAACAGGGAUUUGAUGAACCAACUUUGUACUUACAUACGUAACCAAAUUUUCAGGCUUGUUGCUAGUUAACUCCAAGCUUCUUGCACAGUAAAGCAGCUUGCUUUGGAGUGUAGCCUGUGGGGUGGCAAGCUGAAUCCCACCAUUGGCCCACUGGUAGCAUUAUAUGGAAUUAUCUGAAACAAAUUAAUCCCUUUUAAACACCCCCCUCCCUUUUUUUUUAAGUUAACAGGGCACUGUAGUAUGGUAGUUCAGAGGAAGAAUUGUGGUUAUUUGCAUCAACAAAAAGCCAUCAAUAAACUCAUAAGGGAUUCAAACCUGACUUAAGCUGAUCACCUUAGCUUUAGACUGGUUUUCUGAGGCCGAAAGGAUUAUUUUUGCAGUCUGAUCCUGGUCAGAACUUACAGAGCAUCACGCUCUCUCUGUCACCUCUGGUUGCUUCCUGAGAAGGGGUGACUUUCUUAACCCCCUGGUGGAGGUGGUAUACCAGGUAGCCCUGUACCUUCUUCUAAAGUCACCUUUAAGACUGAAGACUUUGGGUACAUAUAAUUGAUGACCCCUGUGUCAGUCCUGAGAAGGGAACUGGCCUAAUGGUAGGUGGCGGGAGAGUCAGGGAGAGAAAGCUCAGUAAUGCCAGGAAGAAGGGCCAAUCAGGAAGCGCCUGGAAACGUCAGAAACAUCGGCAUAUUCCUGACUCUUGUCUGUUUUGAUGUUGGUUAUUUCAGAAACAGAAUUAGGGAAGCAAAACUGCCAGAUGUGACUGAGAUACAGCAGAAUGAAGCCAUACCCCUACCUCCAACCUGUUUAAAGUACUAUUUUGUAGCAGUUUUACUGGUGUGUGAUUUUUUUUUAUUUGUUUCGACAUUUGAAGUGGAGCUAAUAUAAGAGUAUUCAGAAUUGAAAACUGUCAAUCCUGUUUGAAUCCUGGGGUUGGGGAAAAUAUUUUCUUGGCUUUGAAUGGGUAAAUGGUUGAUGAUUGAAAUAAAAAUGGAGCAAGAUA